CAUUCCAUGUACCCUUGGUGGGGUUUCAAUGUGGCGUCUGACCUGAUCCAGUCGUCGCGCCCGCAGUUCAUUAAGUUUGCGCUCUUCUCUUUCUUUUCGCCAACUUCACAGAGCUCGCGUCGGCCAGGCUCCCGCGCAGCCACACGGGAGGCAGCAGCCCUUACACACGGCCAAGUGAAGGUGGAUCUAUGCUUGACGCAUCGGUCCUUGCAACGGCAGCGGACACUUCCCGUGGCGCGCAGUGCGUAACUUGGCGCUCGCCGCGCGUCCGGCGCGUUGGAGAUACGGACGAGUUGGAUGAGGCAGAUACUCACAGAUGGUAAAAACAGAGAAUAGUUUGUGGCCCCUGUUUGAGAUCUUUCCUACACCGUGAAGUUUAAAAGUGAGCCAGACAGUGUUGUUCGGGGAGUAUGAGGCAGGGUUUCACCAGGACGCCCCCGGCGUGUCCGUCGUCGUUCAGAGGACGAACAGACCACCUUCUUCUUUUAGGUCACUUUUCUGAGAUCAAGUUUAAAACCACAAUUUCUUCCCCGUUCACUGAUCCCAACACCAGCUCUGUGGCCGUUGUUCUUGUGGUGAUUCCAGCGGUGUAGAUGGUGUUUUGUGAGCAGCGACACUCUUUGGUUUAGGAGAAGACUGGACUGUGCCAGACGCGCGAGUAUAAACGAACUGUUAACCGCCGUGACGUCACUGCGGCCGCGCGGACUGACAUACAUCCAGCUUGGUGUGACGCGCCGGAUACUCCCUGGUUACCUAACGCUGGAGCAGAGUACCUGAGGACCGCGCGCGUCUUCGCCACAUACUCUCGAGGACAUAUGGAUCUGACACCUGAACGCAUGGCACGCUGACUUUUCCCUCCAUCCCGCGACGGCAGACUGAUUCUGGUUACCACUGCAAUGGACAUCUACUCCUCCACUUUAUCACCGGCGCUGGACAUCUGCGUCGGUUGUUACAUGCUGGUCGUGACUGUGCUCUCCAUCCUGGGAAAUCUCCUGGUCCUCAUCAUGGCGUUCAAAAGGUCAUCGAGGAUGAAGCCGCCUGAGCUGCUGAGUGUGAAUCUGGCAGUGACCGACCUGGGGGCAGCCGUCACCAUGUACCCCCUGGCUGUGGCCUCCGCCUGGAGCCACCACUGGGUCGGCGGGGAUGUGACCUGUGUUUUCUACGGCCUGGCAGGAUUCUUCUUUGGCGUUGCAAGCAUCAUGAACCUGACUGUCCUGGCCAUAGUGCGCCUCAUCAUUUCCCUCAAUCUGCAGUCUCCCAAGGAGAAAAUCACCUGGAGGAAUGUGAAGAUGCUGUGCAUGUGGACCUGGCUGUACGCACUCUUCUGGGCUCUGUGCCCUCUACUGGGCUUGGGCCAGUAUGGCCCCGAGCCCUUCGGGCUGUCCUGCUCAAUCACCUGGAGACAUUUGAAACACGAGGGCGUCGAUUUCAUCAUCUCCAUGUUCUCCUUCAACCUCGUCGUGCCUUUCGUCACCAUCGUCGGCUGCUACUUUGGCAUCGCCAUCAAGCUCUACUUCAUCUACAAAAAUUCGCUGGACAACAACAGCCAAGUCCCAAUUGUUGUCAAGCUGCAUCGGAGGCUUUUGGUGAUCGCUGUCCUGAUCAGCGUGGGCUUCAUAGGCUGCUGGGCACCCUACAGCAUGGUAAGCAUGUGGUCAAUUUUCCACGAAAGCAGCAACAUCCCGCCGGAGGUCAGUCUCCUCCCAUGCAUGUUCGCAAAGAGCUCCACUGUGUACAAUCCAAUGGUUUACUACAUCUUCAGCAAGAACUUCAAAAGGGAGGUGAAGCAGCUGGGACAGAUGUGCUUCCGUUCGAUUACGUGCCACGUCUCCAACUCCAUCAAUGACGACGGCAUCUACAUGGUCAGUGCCAACAUCAGGCCCAAGCUAAUGACACAGAUGAAUAUGCAGGAGAUCGCGGAAUCGAACAUGGCGGGUGUCAGCUGAAGAGACUCUUUGUCCUGUACACUGUGGAAACAUUAGUGAUCUCAUCAUGUGUUAUCUCACAAACAUUGUCAGAUGAGAAAUCAGCUUUUGUCCAGAACAAACGGUGUGUGUGUGCUAUUCUAACAUAGCAAGCUUUCUUGUGUGAGGCAAGGAUUUUUGCACAUGUUAAAUACUGUUGAGUAAAAGAAAACAAAACAACAGUUAUUGAAAAAUGACAGUAAGUGAACGCAGUGAACAGCUUUUGGUUUUGUCAUUUAACAUGUACUGUACAUGUUUACUCAACUAUACAGCAUAACGAGAAAGAUAAGAACAGAAUUAAAGAAAUUCUUGCAUUUUAACACAUUACAUUACAAACCAAAGGUUGUUUAGCAGAAUAUGACAAAAAAAUAUAUUUUGAGCACUCAUAACAGUGAAGUUAAAUCUUUUAAUUUAAAUAACAGAACAAUAGGUACUUGUGGUGUCUGUUGAAAUUGUUGCUUUUUGAUCAAUUUGCGACAAAAAUAUCAGUAUUUUUAAGAAAACAAAACAAAAACAAAAACCUUACAACAGGAACAAAAUAUCCAAGUGAUAGCUUAAAGUACAUCAUGAUUUAUAACAUGGCCUUUGAAAAUGUUUACAAAAAAAUUAACUUUUCCGGCUAAAUGGACUCGUUUGGGAAAAAUGUGUAUGUUGGUUCCAUCUGGAAUGUGUGUAUCUGUUAUAUUUAAGUCUUGGGCCAAAACCAAAAGCUGAAUUUAUUCUACUAAUAUUCAUGUUGUCAUGUAUAGCCUAGCGAUAAGACUUACGUUCAUUGUGAUUGAGUGUGUCACCCAAAUGCUAUGGGUCCUUCUUUUUUUUUUUUCCAUUUUCUGUGAAUAGCACUCAAACGUCUGUAUGGUCAAUAUGAGGCAACUGACUUUUCAAUUGUGAACUCGGGGAGCAGCAGUUGACAAAAGGGUCUCAACCCACUGUUCACGCUCAUCGUUUUUGUUCUGGAGCUUUCGACCGUGUCACACUCCUCAUUAGCAGGAGGAGAGCGCUCAGUUAACGUGGCACCUUAAGACUGAUCAGUCAACAUGGAUGAGAUCUGAUAGGGGCUCACAGUCACAGAAAGUUUCUAAGGCACAAAGAAAUGAGCUGUAUCGGACUUUUGAGCUCACUCUGUACUUCAGUAGGUCAGAUGCAUUCAUUAAUGAAUGUGUUUUGCCUUUCAUGGGAUUGGAUAAUAAUAAAACCUUGAUGUUUUAUUUUCAACUUUGUUAACUAACUGUCAGCAUAUUAUCGUACAUCAUCCAGCCUUCAAAAAAGAUUUCUGUGAUGACAAUGAGUUCAGGUCACUAUACCUUUCCCAACAUUUCCCUUUCAAUGGGCACACUGUUGUGUUUUUUCUCCUUUUUAAAAUUUCCACUCGUGCUUACCGUUUACAGUUUUAAAUAUUUUUGGGGUUAAUUUGUAAAUGUAGAACUAUAAACAUUGAGCAUAUGUGUGUGCACAUUUCAUUGGUCAUGUUUGAGAAUAAACUUGGACUGUACUAUAGUGUGGCUAGGUAGCAUCACUCAGUCUCACUUCCAACCUCUG